AUCGGGGGGCGCCGUGGUGGAGUUUGUGUUUUAGAAGAGGUUACAACGCUCCGUGUGGGAAGUACCGAAAGAAAGAGAGCAGCACUCAAUAAUUCAUAGUGCAGCCUGUGCGCAGACUACCGGAACAGAUAUCCUCGUAUCCUAUUCCUAAAUAAAUAGUUUUAUGCAAUUAGCGGACACCUACAGUAACCACGAUCUUGGUCACAGUCCCGCUGACUUUUUGACAGUCAAAUAGACUAGGAUAAUUGUCGAAAACCUCCACAGAUUGCGACAGGCUGCGAUGUUCAUCCUAGCAUAUGCUGUAUGAAGCAGCAGGUGGUAAUGGUGGCAAACAGCAGUAUCCAGAAACCAGAGGGAGGCAGCGCCAUGCUACAGCUCUAGCCACAGGCUGAGGAAUUCCAUGGACACUCAUUAACUCAAUGCCACAUAACCGGGAUUGAGUGGGAAGUUUGGGAAUAUCGGCCAGGGGAGGACUGAAUGGGCGGGUCACUAACUGACUGGUAGACUGCUAUGGAAGGAGCGGGAUCCACUGGAAUCUCUGUGAAUGUAACUCUCGGCUCAUUUCCCCAGGGGGAGUUGAGCUGGGGAUCGCUCAGCUAGGAUUAGAGACCAGUACCGAGUGUCUGCCUCUGCCAUCCCAUGCUUCUAUCUGUAGCAGACACAGUUGGGGCGUUGCUAUGGCAACACUUGCCCUGCACCGGGGUGUAGAGUUGUCUCAUCACUCGCUCUACACUCUCUGAUAUCUGAGAUUUUUUUACCUCGUCAUGCAAUAACUGGUGGAGGUCACCUGAGCCAUGGCCAAACAGGACUCCCCACUGUUCCUCCACGGCUUUGACCUGGGGGACGUCUUCAUAGACCCCCGGCCCCUGGGCAGCGGGACCACUGGUCUGGUUCUGUCCGCUGUGGACAAGCGCAGCGGCCAACGGGUGGCUGUGAAGAAGCUGGCGAUGCGUGACGUGGUCAGCGUGAAGCACGCCCUGCGAGAGGUCAAGAUCACGCGGCGCCUGCAGCACGAGAACGUGGUACGCGUGCACGAGGUGUUGGGCCCCUACGGCCGCCCGCUUCAUCGCGACCCAGCCCAGCUGAGCGCCCUGUACAUCGUCCAGGAGUGCAUGGAGAUGGACCUAGCUCACCUGCUGGAGCAGGGGCCACUUCCUAGCGGGCACACCACUCUGCUCUUCUACCAGCUCCUUCGAGGCCUCAAGUUCAUCCACUCAGCCAACGUGCUGCACCGCGACCUUAAACCAGCCAACAUCUUCCUCAACACAGACCAGUUACUGCUCAAGAUCGGCGACUUUGGCCUGGCCAGAAUCGUUGACCCGCACUACUCCCAUAAGGGCUACCUGUCAGAGGGCUUGGUGACUAAAUGGUACCGGUCUCCACGCCUGUUGCUCUCUCCCAACAACUACACCAAGGCCAUCGAUAUGUGGGCAGCUGGCUGCAUCCUGGCAGAGAUGCUAACAGGCCGCAUGCUCUUUGCAGGAGCCCAUGAACUGGAACAGAUGCAGCUGAUCCUGGACACGGUGCCUGUGUUGAGGGAAGAGGACCGCCUGGAUCUUCUGCAGGUCAUGCCCACUUAUGUCAGCCAUGGCUGGAAGGUCAAGAGGUCAUUUAGGGAGCUGAUCCCUGAGGUGGAGGUGGAGGCGGAUGCCAUUGAUUUUCUGGAGCGUAUCUUGACCUUUAACCCCAUGGACCGGCUGACAGCAGAAGCGGCCCUGUCCCAUCCCUUCCUGCAGCAGUACUCAUUUCCUCAGGACGAGCCCAUGUCGCCCCAGCCCUUCCGCAUAGAGGACGAGCUGGAUGAUAGCCUAAUCACGGAGCCUGGUCACAGCCAGGCCUUUAGCUCUCACUGGGACAGGUAUGAGACCAGCCUCUCAUCAGACUUCUGCUGGCAGCAGCAGGGUGGGUGUCAGUGCUUGCCUGGGGUCUUGGAGGUGGGUGACCCAGAGGAGGAUGAGGUCCUGAGGGAUCCCAAGGCAGGCUCUAACCCCUUGUUGGAGAAGGCCCAGGUGGACCCUCGCAAGUAUUCCAACAGCAGCUCUGCCGAGCGCUUCCUGGACCACUCCCACUCCUCUCUGGAGCGUGCUUGCGGGGGCGCGGCCUAUACUGAGCUGGACUGUGACCGUUCCUGUGACUACAAAGUGGGCUCUCCUUCCUAUCUAGAUAAGAUUGCGUGGAGGGAAGACAAACCGCAGCACUACUCCGAGCCCAAGCUGAUCCUGGACCUGUCUCACUGGAAGAGGAACAGACAGCUGCCGGUGCCUGAGCCUAGAGGGGCCAGUGUGGAGGAGCUGCCUGUGGAGGAGCCGCCUGGGGACCUGUUCCAGGAGAUAUCUCGGUGGGUGGAGAGCACUCAGUCUCGUCUCCACUCCCCCAGCCUGCCCCAGGAACCCCUGCCUUACUCCAGUUCACCCCCGCUGCCCCUCUCUCCCACUCCCCUCCCCGCCCCCCUCUUCCACUGCUGUUCGCCGGUCCUACGGCCCUCAGCUGGGCUGGACGAGGACGACACACUCAGCCCACCUGCCUCAUCCCGCUCCCCUCCCUCUCUGUUGCCCUCUUCUCCUCCGUCAAUGUCACCUCCGAUUCCUUCGGCGAUCCAUGAGCGCCUCCAGAUGCUUCCCUCCAGGGGGCAAGAGGGCCCGUUUGACCUGGAUGUGUUCAUCACAGCCCUGAAGCUGUGUGGUCAGAGUGAGGACCUCGGUGGAAACGCAGACGGGGCCAAACAGGCCAACAUCAAUGGCGUAUCCAGGCUUCCAGAGCGCAGACCAUCCCCACGUCAGACUCCCAACUCCUGAAAGGAGCUGGGUCCAAGGCUAACGCAGAGAGUACUGGUAGACUGAAUAGUGAACGCAUGUAGAAGGGGAAAAAAUGAAGUUGCACAUGAUUUAAUGGGUACAUUUGUUUUUUUCUUUACCCAUAAAUCAUUGGGGUGUGCGACUUUCUUUUCUUUUUUUUCAUAAGUAAGCGUUGCCUUGACACUAACCCUGCUCACUUAAACCAGUGGUGCUGCUACUUUGUUCAGAGCUACUUUUACUGUAUGUUACAAGAAUAAGAGGAGAGUGAGGUGUGGAUCAAGUUCCAUUUGGUACUGUUCGAACAACAUAAGCUUCUGGUGGUUUUGCUACGGCAUACAGUAUGUCAGUGUGGUCACUGCUGUAAAUGAAUGUACGUUGUACAGCCUAUGUUGCAUCAACGCAGCGGUGUGUACGCAUUACAAGAAUGCCUGCAAAGGAUCAACAUUUGGCUGGAGAGGAACUCCCGGGUAUUCCAUCGCAGAAUAGGUUGAAGAGAAAGCAAUCGGCUAUUUUUGGUUUACAUUUUUGUUGAAAUGACUCUUUUAAACAUAACCCUUUUGGCUGUUAAGAUAUCUUCCGAAUGAGAGUAGCUAUACAGUAGGUCUUCCUGCCGCAAAUAGCUAUUUAGAAUUAUACGAAUAUCUUCCAUUUAGCGGGAAGUAUUAUUUAUUUAUCUGAAAAGGAGUGCUCUCACAGUAACACAGUAAGAUAUCUGUCUAGCUUUUGCACACCCAUGUUCUCACGGCAGGGAGAUAUAAACGGAAGAGUGACAACACUGUAGUCAGCCUGUAGCUGAUUGUCAUCACCAGGCUGACGUCAGAAAGCCUUCGGAAUAGUCAUGCACAAGGAGCAGCAGCUAAAAGGUCACACACUCAUCAAGCACUCUAAACUCCUUGGCAGUGUCCCAAACGACACCCUAUUAUUCCCUAUUCCCUUUUGACCAAAGCCCUUUGAGGAUUAAAGGUGAAAAACGUGAAUUGCCUGUGUUUUUAUAUAUAUUUCUGCAAUAUGAGGUUGGAAUAAUACUGUGAAAUGGUGACCAUUAUGACGAGCAGUUUGAAAAGACCACCUGGAAGAGUUUCAAACCUCUCUGCCAAUAACAGCUAGUUUCCAGUUUUCCCCUCCCCACUACCAGACAGUCUAGCACAAUUCUUGCUAAGAAGCUAUCUUUGUUUGUUUUCAAUUAAAAAUUGUCAAAAAAUAAUCACAGUAAGGUACUUCAUUGUUACCCGUAAAUUAUUUGAUAUUGAGAUAAACAUGGCUGCAUUGGACCUUGUUUAAGGUUCCAUUUGGGACACACCCUUGUCUCCUGCUUUUACCAUUGUUCCUACUAGUCAACGACAGCGAACGUUCCAAUGUGGUUGGAUUUCAUAAUGAUAUUAUACUCUCGAGUCGUGAGCAAUUAAUCUCAUUGCACAAUAUCACCUGGCAUUCUAAAGGGGACACAAUAAGCGAGCAUAGUCAAUUCUGGAAAUUGCAGGGUGCAAACUGUUUUCAGAGCAGUGCGUUGUCAUUUUAACAUACAAAAAAAAAGCACAUUGGACAGACACUGCCAGGGACCAGGUUCAUAAAGACCAAUUAGGCUUCAUGUGCAGUGUCAGAUGCUAUCUGGGCAAGUCCAUGUUAUUUUAUUGGUAAAAUAGGAGUCCGCAAUAAUAUCAGAAAUAUCUUAUUAGAUCCGAUGUGCUUGUUGAGACAGAAUUAUGUACCUUUUAGUCUGGGAGUCGGGUUAUAAAUGUGCCUCAGAAUAGGCCUACAGGCUUUUGCACACCCAAAUAGGCCUAUGCUUCCAGCUCGCUCGCUGAAUGUAAUAGUUUUGCAUGGCUUGAGCCUUGAUAAACUAUCAAAUGAUUUUAACUAUAUAAAUUGUGGACCAUCUUUAUUUGAGGAUGUCCUGGUUGUAUCACAUAUGGUAGAAUCUGCAGCUUUUCCCAGCUGAAAUCAAUUUACACUAUCCCUUUUGCAGUUCCUCUUUUUGCUGAUCAACUAAAAAUAAAAGUUUACUAAACA